AUGAGCAUGUGCGCAGAUUGUUUCCGCGGUGUCCGUCAUGAGGGCGAGCCCGAAGGUAAGAUCGAACAGAUUGGAGGCAUCGAGUGCUACGUCGCCACGCCUUCCGUUGAUUAUGCGAAGGACAAGGUCAUCCUCUUCUUGACCGAUGCGUUUGGAAUCCCUCUGAUAAACAACAGGCUCUUAGCGGACGAUUUUGCGCGCAACGGAUUCAAAACGAUCAUCCCUGACUUGUUCAACGGUGACCCGAUUGAUGCGGCAGCGUUCGAAUCUCCCGGCUUCGAUUUCCUACCCUGGGUGGCCAAGCACCCUCCUAUCGCGACCUCAGCAAUAGUUGAGAAAGUUGUGAAGGUUUUAACGGAGAGCGGGGUAACGCGCAUUGGAACGACGUCAUACUGUUUCGGUGCUCAGGCCGCGUUCUACCUGGCGCGUGCCAACAUCAGUCGUGUAACAGUGCUUAGUCAUCCGUCUGCCCUAGACGUUCCCGCAGAUUUGGAGAGCUAUCACGCAAAGUCGAAGGCGCCCCUUCUGAUCAAUAGCUGUGAGGUCGAUCCGCAAUUUGGUCCAGACCGUCAAGCUGUCGCAGAUGAAAUCUUCGGCAGCGGGAAGUUUGCUCCUGGUUACCAGAGAACGUACUGGGAAGGCUGCGUCCAUGGCUUUGCUGUCCGUGGCGAUCUGAGUGAUCCGAAGGUGAAGGCCGGGAAGGAGGGAUCGUUCAAAGCAACCGUUGAAUUCUUUGCGAAGUACCUUUGA